AUGGUGAACCCGCGAUACAUCAAGCAGCUCAAGAACCUGCGGGGAAAGGAGUUCUUCAAGAGCGUCAAGCUCACGCAAGGCUCUCGUGCUGCGGGUACGGAGAUUCCUGAGGCUGCAAUCGUCGAGCCCUCGAAGAGACUAGCCAGCAAACAGCUGCCGUUUAUGCGUGGUGAUCGCGUUCAAAUUCGUUCGGGCCCCGAUAAGGGCAAAGUCGGGCUUAUUAUCGACCGCUACCCGAAUCUUGGUAAUGCGUUUUAUGUUGCUGGUGUUGGUUCGCUCAAACUCAUUAACCCCAUCGAGAACAAGUCGAUGGGCGAUCCCGACCAAUAUGAGCCGGUGGUCGACAACUACAAGGUGUUUGACUAUGAGGACCUCCGGCUGGUCUCGAAGAUCAAAAACGAGCAGGGCCAGGAUGAAGACGUGGUUAUUCACUCGCUGGAGUUGGGCCCCGAGGAGUACGACUCUCUGUCCAACACCCACCUCCGCCGAAGAUUCGCCAAAUAUGACCCUCAGCUGGUGAUUCCAUGGCCCACAACUAAAGUCAAGCCUACUGAGGGUGCUGAAACAACGAAUGCUACCUAUGCUGACUUGAGAACAUACUUUGUGCCCUCGGCGCUCGAGUCUCCUUUGCCUAUUGGCGCUGUUGAUCAGAUCACCAACGUCAACAACCGCUACAAGCGGGAUCGCUAUGCACCCAGGAUCACAGCUGCUCAGCUUGAGCGCAGCAUGGCGCCUCAGAUGCCGCUUCCACCCAAAACUCGCAAACUGCUUGCUGACCUCGAGGCGAUGCCUAAACCGGCCCCUACUGUGUUCACCCCUCAGAUGCAAGAGUUUAUUGGUGCUGAAAUCAAGAAGGGCCUUGAGCGUCGCGCCACAAAAGAAGCAGCAGCCCUCAAAACCUAUCAAUAG